CAAUGAUUCCUCCGAACAUUCACACAUUACCUAAUAGAGCUAAUGAUAUGCUUACCUUUAUAAAAAUUGCAUUAAAAAAGGACGAUCAUGAGCUAUGUACGCAUAAAAAAGAAAUGGCUCUUACCCUUCUGAAAUCCAAAAAUCUUGGAAGAUGCUUAAUACGGUUCCGGUUCCUAAUGCCCAAUACGUUCAGGAUUCGAAUUUCUUAACAUUGUUAUAGAGCUGGAACGUAGUGGACUAAAAAUGGAUUAAGAUAACAUUAAAAAAAGACAAGUUGGCCACUGAGUGGAGGAGCUUCCCAAGGGAUACCCUCUAUUUAAUAUUUAGACCCUCAUCAUAAGAGACAAUCUUUUCAGCCCCAAAUGGUGUACUAUCUUUCACUUUUGUAUACCUUAAUCAAUAAAAAAACAAAAAAAUUUAGGGCAGACGGGAGGAAGGUAAUUGGGUUGGUAAAGGAAGGGGGAAGGGGGGGGGGUUAUUACGGAUGUGAAAAUUGUUUUGAAAAAAGGGG